CAGGCAGCACUGCCAGGUACCACUGCCCUGGCAGCAGCUCCCCACCACUCUACCCAUUUCCUCCCCCAGCAGAGCAGAGCCCCUGGCUCUCCCUCUUACCUGCCUGCAUGAGGACCCAGCAGUGCCCCAGUGAGUCCAGUGGGGCACACAGUGGGGAGAACUGCAGCAGCAGUGGGAGCUCAGGGCUCUCACCAGGCUCGGAUUCAGACAGCAGUGGGGUGGUGUGUGGUGGUGCUGGGAUGAGAGGUGUCCUGUCCAGGUACUGGAGCUUGGAGAGUCUUCACUCUGCCACAGUGAUUCCUGAUGCACUGGACAAAUCAGCUCUCACAGAUGAUGUGGGAAGUGAGGAGGACUUGUAUGAGGACUUCAGGAGCUCCAACCACCGCUAUGGGCACCCUGGGGGAGGAGGAGAGCAGCUGGCCAUCAACGAGCUCAUCAGUGAUGGCAGCGUGGUGUAUGCAGAAGCCCUCUGGGACCAUGUCACCAUGGAUGACCAGGAGCUGGGAUUCAAGGCUGGUGAUGUCAUUGAAGUGAUGGAUGCUACCAACAAGGAGUGGUGGUGGGGGAGGAUUGUGGACAGUGAAGGAUGGUUUCCUGCCAGCUUUGUACGGCUUCGAGUAAACCAGGAUGAGCCCAUGGAAGAUUAUCCCCUGAAGGCAGAGGGUGGCAGGGAGGAGGAGGCUGGCAGCGGGUCCCGCCGCCUGGGCAUGGGACAGAGCACCAAGGACCAGAUGAGGACCAAUGUCAUCAAUGAGAUCAUCAGCACAGAGAGAGAUUACAUCAAGCACCUGAAGGACAUCUGUGAGGGUUACAUCAAACAGUGCCGCAAAAGAGCUGACAUGUUUACAGAAGAGCAGCUGAAGACAAUCUUUGGAAAUAUUGAGGACAUAUACAGGUGCCAGAAGAAAUUUGUUAAAGCACUAGAGAAGAAAUUCAACAAAGACCACCCACAUUUGAGUGAGGUUGGCUCAUGCUUCUUGGAAUAUCAAACAGAGUUCCAGAUCUACUCUGAGUACUGCAACAACCACCCCAAUGCCUGCUUGGAGCUGUCCCGCCUCACCAAAGUGAACAAGUACCUCUACUUCUUUGAAGCCUGUCGCCUGCUCCAGAAGAUGAUUGACAUCUCUCUGGAUGGCUUUCUGCUCACCCCUGUGCAGAAAAUCUGCAAAUAUCCCCUGCAGCUGGCUGAGCUGCUGAAGUACACCAACCCCCAGCACAGGGAUUUCAAAGAUGUUGAAGCUGCCUUAAAUGCCAUGAAGAACGUUGCUCAGCUCAUCAACGAGAGGAAGAGGAGGUUGGAGAACAUUGACAAAAUUGCUCACUGGCAGAGUUCCAUUGAAGACUGGGAAGGUGAAGAUGUCCUAGUCAGGAGCUCAGAACUCAUCUAUUCUGGGGAAUUAACCAAAAUUUCCCACCCUCAGGCCAAGAGCCAGCAGAGGAUGUUCUUCCUCUUUGAUCACCAGCUUGUCUGCUGUAAAAAGGACCUCCUGCGCCGGGACAUCCUGUACUACAAGAGUCGGAUCAACAUGGACGAGAUGGAAAUAUUGGAUGUAGAAGAUGGGAAGGACAAAGACUUCAACAUCAGUGUCAAAAAUGCAUUCAAACUGCACUGCCCAGACACUGAGGAGGUUCACUUGUUCUGUACUAAAAAGCCUGAGCAGAAGCAACGCUGGCUGAAGGCCUUUGAGAAUGAAAGGAGACAGGUUCAGCUGGACCAGGAGACAGGUUUUUCUAUCACAGAGCUGCAGAAAAAACAGGCAAUGCUGAAUGCCAGCAAGCAGCACCAGACUGGGAAGCCUAAGGCUCUCAGCAGGCCAUCCUAUGACUUUCUGCUGCGUCAGAAGCCCCCCAGCCUGCCCAGCACCCUCCCCCAGCACCAGCUCUUCAUGCUGGCAGAGCCCAAGCGCAAGCCCUCCAAUUUCUGGCAGAACAUCAGCAGGCUGACACCCUUCAGGAAAUGAGGGCAGCCCCCCGGGCUUGUGCCUGAGCCCCUGCUGCUGGUCAGAAAGCACUUUAUCCAUCGGGCCUGGGAGGCAGAGCCCAGGUUCUCCAACUCCUUGGUUUCCAGAGGCUGGCACAGAGCUGCUCUGCGGGACGACUGACGGCGCUGGGGCUCUCUCUGGGGUGAUGCUCUGCACGUCCUUGCACACACGGGUGCAGCUGUGGCAGUCUUAGCGAGCACAAACUCCCAGGAAGAGAUCCCAGGAGGGAGCCUGAUGUGUUCCAUUUGCAGAGCCUGGAGUUGUCAGCUCCACUGCAGCUCCCUCCUUCCCACUGUGAGCUCCGUCAGGAGGGGGAUGGCAGCGCUGCCCUGCACGGUUCCUUCUCCACUGGCAGCCCCAGAGCAGCAGUCCCCAGGCACUGACAAGAGACUUUUUCCAUGGGGGCGUGGUGGGAAAUGGCCUCUGCCCACCCUCUGCCCCCCGUUUCUCAGAGACAUGAUCCUCCUCCUCCUCCUCCCUCCCAACUCGGUCAGUCAGCAUCCCAACCCAGCCCAGGCAGCAGUGAGGAUUGCACCCUCACCUUCUGCUUUCCUUUAGCUUCAACACCACUGACAAACUUUAGAGUACACAGAGCUGUGCCAAUCAACCUGCAGCUUGAGGAAAGGUCAGGAACCUCUGUAGGGGCUUAGAGUCACAGCAGGUAGAGAAAAAAUGUGCCUAAUUAAUACUGUACUCAGUUCCUUAGAUUCUUGUCUCUCCAUCAUCCUGCCCUGCCUCCUGGCCAAUGAAAAUGUUCCUUGUUUGUAAUGUGUUUAUUUAUGGUAAAAAUCAGAGCUGUGUAUUUUGUAAGUCUGUAAUUGUUCUUGUCAGAUGUUGUUAACUUGGUGCCUAUUUUGUCCAUUUUCCUUUAU